AUGAAAGUCAUAAAGUUUCCAUGGCUUGCUCACCGAGAAGAGCAUAGGAAAUAUGAAGUCUAUACAGCUGAUAUCAGUCCAGAUGGAAAGAGAUUAGCCACUGGUGGAUUAGAUGGUAAAAUUAGAAUAUGGUCUAUCGAUUCUAUUAUUGAGACAACUAAAUUGAAAGAGGCAAACCCCGAUGCAGAAAUUACAGACGAUCUGAAGAGACCCCUAGCAAGCAUGAAUAGACACACGGGGUCUGUGACAUGUCUUAAAUUUUCCCCAGAUGGCCAAUAUCUUGCCAGUGGUUCUGAUGAUCGUAUUUUGUUGAUAUGGGCCCUCGAAGAAGAAAAUCGAAUGGAACCUCUUUUUGGAUCUGAGAACGAUAAAGAACAUUGGACUGUCCGAAAGAGAUUAGUUGCACACGAUAAUGAUAUCCAAGAUAUGUGCUGGGCUCCUGAUUCUAGUAUUCUGGUUACUGUGGGACUGGACAGAUCAAUUAUCGUUUGGAAUGGAUCAACUUUUGAAAAAAUAAAAAGAUUUAAUGUACAUCAAUCGCAUGUAAAAGGUGUAGUAUUUGAUCCAGCAAAUAAAUACUUUGCGACAACCUCAGAUGAUAGAAGUCUGAAGAUUUUCAGGUACCACAAAGCAGGUGAUACAACUUUUACAGUAGAACAAGUAGUCAGGACUCCAUUUUUGGAGUCUCCGUUAACGACCUAUUUUAGAAGACUCUCAUGGUCACCAGAUGGCCAACAUAUAGCAGCUCCAAAUGCGACAAAUGGACCUGUAAGUUCCGUAGUAAUAAUCAACAGAGGUAACUGGGACACUAAUAUAUCAUUAAUUGGUCACGAUGCACCAACGGAAGUAGUUAAGUUUAAUCCAAGGUUAUUCGAAAACACAAUUAAAAUAGAGAAUGAAGAUAGCGAGGUGACUUCUAUCAAUUCAGUUGAUUCGAUUGUUGCGUCUGCAGGACAAGAUAAAACGAUAGCAUUAUGGAGCACUAGUAAACAAAGACCUUUAUUUAUUGCAUACGAUAUAGCGCAUAAAUCAAUCACAGAUUUGGCCUGGUCACCUAAUGGAAGAAUUCUAGUUGCAACAUCUCUUGAUAGUUCAAUUACGAUGUUUCUGUUCGAGAAGCAAGAACUAGGUAAGACAGUUAGUCUUGAAAGAAACAUGGAAGAGUUAAAUAGGUAUGGUGUGGAUAAAGAUUCACUAGAUUUCCCAGAGAGUAUAAAACAAUUGGAGCUAGAAGAAGCAGCUAAAAAAUACAAUAAGCAGAAGUUCACACAACUCGAUACAAACUUUUUGGAAUCUAGGAUCAAUAUGAAAAUAGACGAGAAUAAUCUAAAGGGGAAUAGAAACACCAAUGAACAACAAAUAUCAUCAUAUUCUGUAAAUACUGUGGAUGCUGUUCAAGAGAAAGUUAACAUUCUCGUACCUAAAAGGAAGAAUGGCGAAAAAUUGAACAAGACCACUGUCAAAGAUGGCAAGAAGAGAGUUGCUCCGACGUUGAUCUCAUCUGGUUAUUCGCGACAAAAGAAAUUGGCAACUCUAACACCCGUAACAAAUAAUCAAACCAAUAACAUUGCUAAAAGUCUACCUUCAACUUCAAAUGCUGCAAGAGAGUUGAAGAGUUUGAAAGGCAAAGUAAGCAUUUCAUCAUUUCCCGUCCCAAGACUUGGAGUUCAUACUUUGAUUAUGGGUACUAGAGAAAGAAAUUCGAAUAAAGUAGACCAAGAUGGUGAAAGCAGGGAAGAUAGUAGUAGCCCGAUUGUAAAUACUAAUAAUAACGACAACUUUAUAUUAGACGAGGAGAAUGAAGAAGUUGAAUUUCUAAUGACAUUAAAUUCAAAAAUGACUCCCGAGAAAAUAUGGUCUGAUGAACCAAAUACACGUUAUAUCGAAAACAGUGGUAUACUUCCUGAUUCAGAUGCAAUUCUUCUACAGUGUGGUACUUUUGAACAUUUCCAUACUUUGGAAGUUAGAAAUGGUGUAGAAAGAUCACUUCAAUUUGAUACUGAAGCAUUAUAUGAUAAUCCAACAAGGAUCAUCGGUUACAGUGAUGGUAAGAGAACCGUCGAAAUGUUUUUCCCUGAAGUUAUCAUUUGUGCUGUUGGUUCAUUAGAAUGUAAGAUAUGGUCCUUAGCAACUAGCAAUGGUUCAUUGUUCCUAUUGAGUACAAAUGGACAAUUGAAAACACCAAAAAUCAGCUUAGGCCAUAAAAUAAUCAAUAUGAUUAUUAAUGAUAAAAAAUUAAUUGCCCUUACAGAGAGAGGUUUAUUUUAUUGUUGGGAUCUAGAGAAAUUUAAACUAGUUUUCAAAAACAUUUCAAUAUUACCAAUCUUAAAUAAUGAACCUGUUGAAUCUAAUAGGGUUCGAAUUAACAAAAGGAUUAAAGACUUUAAAUUAAGUGGUGAUGGCAAGUCAUUGGAUUUAUGUUUGAGCAAUCCGGACACUAAUUAUUCUUGGGUAGUAGAGUUGGGUUGUUGGACAAAAAAGAGUUGA